GCUAUACUACGGCCGAAGCGGCGUGGCAGCUUCAGUUCGCGGUGUCGCCAUGAGAGGAGUGGACGGGCCAGCCGUGCGUCCACGGGCUGUCGGUGUCGACGGCCGUCGGGCUCGGUGCGCCGUCGGGUGUGGUCGGACCGUCUGUACGCCCGCCGCCGCCCGUCGGGAUGGUGCUGUGUAUUCGCCGCGGGAUGGAAGAGUCGUCCAAACGCUCGCCCACCGGCGAAACUAGUGGCGAGUCCGAGCCAGGUGCCUCCCACAUCCCGGCCAAGAUGAUCAUGGACGGGGGCGAACUAGCGGCGGCGCCUAGCCUGGCGGACACCCACUUCGGCCUGCUUGGGUUCGACGCCUGCAAGGAGCCGUUUUCGCCGUCUCUGAGCCCGAGCCAGCUGGCCGGGCCGCCGGACAGCGGCAGUUUGAACACACCUGCGACAGCCGGUUCCGACAUACCGGCCUUCUUCAGCAACUUCCCCGCCAUCAGCACAGCGGAUUCGAGUACCUCCGUGGCCGGCAGUCCGGCCGCCAGCUGCUCCAGCACCGACGCGCCCGAGCCGGCGACGGCGCCCAGCCCGGCGCCCAGCAGUCCCGCACGCUCGCACGCCUCGUCGACGCCCGCGGCGCCGCCGGCGUCCAGCCCUCCGUCGGGCAUGUUUCCGUCUCAGCACCCGGCAUCGGGCGCCGUGUCCGACCACCAGCGGCUCGGCUACCGGGCCUCGUUCACCUCCGCGCCCGGGGCCGAGCAGGCGCCGCCGCCGCCGGCGCCCGGCGCCCCCGCCUUCGGCUCCUGGCUGCUGACGCCCUUCUUCUCGCUGAUCGGCCAGCAGACGAUGGCCGAUCAGGCGGGCCAGCAGACACUGUUCCAGCAACAGCAGCAGCAAGUUCAGCAGCAGCAACAGCAACAGCAGCACCAACAGCAGGCGCAACAGGCGCAGCAGCAGCAGCAGGCGCAGCAGCAGCAGGCGCACUUUGAGCAGUUCGGCGCGGCGCCCGGAGGUGACCUGCUGUUUGACCCGACCGGCGCGUACGGUGCCAAGCCGAGUGGCGGGUUCGCCGGCUGUGUGGGCGCCGUGGUGAGCUCGGCCGGAGUGACGCCGCCGCUGCCGCCGCAGCAGUGGGCGGCGCCCUCCUUCGGUGCCGGCCUCGACUACGGCAGCGGCGCGACGGCCGUGGCCGGCCCGUCGGGUGUGCCGGCGCUGGUACCCAAGCAGGAGCCGUUCUCUAGCGAGACCCAGCUGGCCGAGUACUCGCCCUCCACCAGCAAGGGCCACGAGAUUCUGUCGCAGGUGUACCAGCAGAUGCCGCUGCCACUGAAGUUGUUACCUGUCAAGCAGCGCAAGUACCCGAACCGACCGAGCAAGACGCCGCCCAGCGAACGGCCGUACGCCUGCCCGGUGGAGACGUGCAAGGGCCGCUUCUCGCGCUCGGACGAGCUGACACGACACAUCCGGAUCCACACGGGCCAGAAGCCAUUCCAGUGUCGGAUCUGCAUGCGGGCGUUUUCCCGCUCGGAUCAUCUGACCACGCACAUCCGCACGCACACGGGUGAGAAGCCGUUCUCGUGCGAGGUGUGCGGCCGCAAGUUCGCCCGCUCCGACGAGAAGAAGCGACACGCCAAGGUGCACACCAAGCAAAAGAUGAAGCGCGAGCCGCGCUCGGGCGGCAGCGGCGGCGGCUGCGGCGGCGCGGCCGGCAGCGCGUCGCGCGGCCCCCUCUCGCAUACAGUCACCUCACAGGACCCGGCGGCCGGCCGGCCGCCGUUGUGAGCCGCGACGGCGGCGCGGCCUGUGGCCGCUGUGCUUCUAGUCCGACCCCGCGUCGUUUUGUGAUAUUGGCGGGCGGCGCCGUGGCCGCGGCGCGCGCUACCUGGCAGUACAAAGGACCGGCGACAGCGGCGGUGCGCCGCGGCGCGCCCGCCCGCCCAGGAGGUCAGCUUUAACCGGUCGGGCGGCGGCCCGGGCGCCGGCUCGGGCCGGCCAGGGCGCAGUGGGGUACGCCGCCGUCCGCCGACCAUCGCUCGCCAUUUCGCACAUUGCCGGGCCGGGCCGCAGUCCACUGCCGGGCCGACCGCUGAACCGCCGGGUCGGGUCGGGUCGAGCGCCCGGCCCGCCUCACGACCGGCUGGCCGCCGGUGCGGUUCUACCGCCGAUUCCAAACGCCCCACAUCAUAUAUAUACUGGCCGUUCACACGAUACCAUGAUUGUUGAUGUACCUUGUUACUGUUCUUAUAUAAAUGCUUUUUGCUUCUAUGUGACCUGACAUGGCAAGUGCCGACGGUGUGAAUUGAGCGUGCGUGGAUGGAAAGAGGAACGUGUUGCUAUGGCAACGCUCGCGGGCGCCAAACAUCGAGGGACGGUAUCUACGGUAAAUGUAGAAAUUAACCGGACGAGGUGGAGAGCCGCCGUUUCGGAGAGGCGUAACCCAGUAACACCGCCAGUAUUGACAGCACGGCGAUUAGGUGGCGAACAUGUUUAGUUGAUAGUAAUUUAUUUUUGCUGCUAUGUCUUGAUGUGAUGUAAAAUAUGUUACAUGACUAAUACAUUUUAAUGACUA